AUGUCGGCGUUUAAUUCUAGCGGGCCCGCGGAGAUAUUGAGAGCUGAACAAAAAGACGAGGAACUUUACGAACGGAUCAAUCGACAGCUAUGUGGAUUCCUUCUGAAACUCAAAGGACAUGUCUUCGUAAAUGUAAAUAAAAAUAACAUCUUUUGCGCAUCGCAAUUACUGUACUAUGCACUUACGACGCUAUCUAAGCUCCAAACACUGGGCGAAGAAUAUACAAAAAUCGUUCAAGUUGGAAAAACUGGAAAACACAUUCCAGGACUGAUGCAAAGCACUGGUAUGAUAUUAGCCCACGUGUUUGGAGACAGACUCAUCAUUCUUGCUUUGGAUCGUUUGAUCUGUUAUGUUCAGUAUAACAAAACCAUAACGAGUCAAGCCAAAGAUCAAAUUAUACAUAUUGCAACGACCGUCAAAUCUCUUGUUCCCUUGUUGCAAAGCCUCAACAGAGUAUUAUUUUAUUGGGACGGUUCCUUUUAUACGUGGGCCAAACGAUUUUUCUCCAUUAAAUAUAUAUAUGCAAUUCCGUGGUACCAUCCUAAGCGGCCGUUACAUGUGUUUAAAAUUCUGAGUGUGUUGACUGGCAUCCAUUUGAGUGUACUCAUGAUCACGGCUGUGUUUAAAACCCCAACAGUACAAAAGAACGCAAAAGAACAUCCUAGUCAGCCAAUUCCAUUGAGCAGCAACAGUAAAUGUUCUCUUUGCUUAGAACCAAGACAAAACACCUCACUUUCGUUUUGUGGACAUCUGUUUUGUUGGUAUUGUAUUCAUGAAUGGCUGCAGACUAAUAACUUUUGUCCAAUAUGCCGUAAAGUACUAAAUCCUAGAAUGGUGGUACCGUUACAAAAUUUUACUUAG